AUGGCAGACUCAUCCUCUAGCAGCGACACAGAAGAUUGCAGGUCUGAAUGCAAAUCCAACCUGAGCCUGUCUGUGGGCUAUUUCCCCUGUGAGGAUACCUUCUGUGAGGACAUAAUGUCCUGUGAAGACACGCCUUCCCAGGGUUCUCCAAUCCACUUCCUCCCUCCUAUCCAAGGGACAUGGUGGACUGGAGGUACAGGGAGACUCAGGAGAAGACGAGACCAAAUUGAGGACCGCCCAGAGCAGUUCUGCAAACUAAGCAUUGCCCUCGCCUGGGAUGUUGAUGUGGGCUCUAACAGUGCAGACUCCAUAACUAAUUGGGAUCUAAAUGGCGACAAUCAGUGGAUGGACAAGUACCCAAGAGAGAGAACAAAACUGACUCUCAGCAAACUGGAUGGUCUUGUGCAAACGCUUGAGACGUUUCUAGAAAAUCAGAAAGAUCAUGAAGGUGAUAACUCUGUGUCCCCAGGAUCUACUCAGGAGGAAGAUUUCCAGCUGUCCAGCAAUCCCCCUCCAGAUAGGGCUCAGAUAAGCCAGGCAACUGGCAGCCAAAAGACAAGCACGCCAGGGAGUUCCUUAGUCUCGCUGGGGCAGGCGGUGAAGGAGGAGGACACGUCUUCCGACACACAAGCCCUAUCCUGUCUGAACUUUGGGUGGGUCUUCCGCUGGCUGAGGCAGCAGGUCCUCUCCUCUCUGCAGUGGAGAAUGCCCUCCGCGACAGCCACCCAAAGCCCCCCUCAGCCAGCACCAAAGAAAAGAUACUCUCGCAGAAGCAGGAGAAUCCAACCCCAAGAAUCCCCCACACUAGGACACCCUACAGCACCACCAGACUUUUAA